CAUGCAAGAUGGCAGAAAUGAAGCGCCUUGACGUCGAAGUUCUCCUUGUAUUUUACAGGUAGUUGUAUCCCUAUCAAUCCCCAGCUUUCUCAUAACCGUAGUGCUCCUAUUAUAUUUUAAUCACGUCAGACAUGGAUUCUGAAAAUGCCCGAACGUAUACCCUCAACUUUGACGUAGUAAUGCGUUUGAUAUCGUAAUUCCGAUCGAAUUCAUUGCUAGUGGUCGACAUCAUUCGGUAACUUAAUCCUGUUUACAUAUGACAAAAUUUGUUUUUUUUAUAUAUGUAUGACACAAGUAUUUCCACAAGUGCUUUUGUAUUUCGUGCGCACCGACACGGCUAGUUAUGCAAACAUAAGCUCGGUGUAAUUCUACCUAUAGUGAUGGCAUUAUAUUUUCAAACUUUUGUCGCUCUUUUAUUUGUGUUUGGAUGUUAUUUUGUUGACUCGGAAACUGUUGAAGAUCAUGCUCGAUUUGAUUGCUACCCUGAACGUCUGAGUGAAGGCGAAGAAGCUGUGAACCAAACAUUGUGCGAAGCAAGGGGGUGUGUAUGGAAGCAACCUGUUAACCAGCAGGUAAAGUCCAAGCUUUUCUGUCUUUGUAUUCAGUAGUUAGGGGUUGUUCAUAUGGACCUGGGCUGGAUAACAACGAUUUAAAUAAUUUAAAACUCUUAUCACAGCGUUGAUGCAAAAGACAUUUCGGGGGGCGCACAAAGUUGAAUUAGCUAAUUUUGAUUUCGUAAUGGUAUAAACUUCAUUUAUAAAGAUCGUUUACGGACAGGACUAAAACAUUUCGUGACAUAAUUCAUCUCAACUGGUACAGCUCAUAUGAAGAGAUUUGAAAACUUUAAGGCUACGGUCAACCAUAGUGUUCCUGCAUUGCUUCAGCUAAUUAGACCAUUUCUCUAUUCCCUUCUUAAUGGAGAAAACGAAAAUCUAUGAAAACGUAGUCUAGAUAUCAAAUCGUCUUGAUGUUUACAAUGGAAUAACGUGAAACGAUGAAAAAUGUAGAAAUGUGAUAUGAUCAGUUCCAUGGCGCAUGAAAAUUAUCACUGCAUGUGAUUCAACAAUAAUUGCUUUUAAGCUAUUCAUUGAUUGGCAAACUACUCCGACAUCACGCUGAGUAUUUUAAUCAGUUACAAAGCAGUAGUCAUUCCAAAAAUGUUUAUCAUAUUUACAGUGUUGAACGCUCCAUGUUAAAUUAAAUGCAUGAUUGGACUGUCAAUCAGUACUUCAUGCAUGCGCAAAACUGUCAAUCAGUACUUCAAGCAUGCGCAAAACUGUCAAUUAGUAUUUCAAGCAUGCGCAAAACAGCACGUUGCACCAGUGCACCACAAGCGCGCGAAGACACACUAUUUUUUAAUAAAUACCAAGGCUUAUGAUUCCGAACAAACUAACAGACUCACGCCACAGAAUACUAUACAGAAGUCCAUCACCAUUGUUUUUUGCGUAAGCGCUAUUCGUCACGAUUCGUCACUCAGCAAGUACCGUAAACAGAAGCAAUCACCCCCCCUGGAAAUACUCAAAAUGGCGGACGUCCAGGGGGGUGACUGCUUCUGUUUACGGUAUACUUGCUGAGUGACGAAUCAUGACGAAUAGCGCUUACGCAAAAAAAACAAUGGAGAUGGACUUCUGUAUGGUAUUCUGUGCUCACGCAGAAAAUAUAAAGUGAUGCCUAAAUUCGUUUGGACACCGGAAAUAGAAAUUGGAAAUUUUGAAGCGUAAACCCCAAAACUGUGUUCAAAUUUUAACAGUGGGUCUUUCCAUAUUCCAGAAAGCGCCAUCAUGUUUUUACCCAAACAAGUUCAACGCAUACAGAAUGAUAAAAAAGGAAGAUUUUCCUGAAAGUCUGACAACUGCAUAUCAUUUAUCUCGUGAAGACAAGAGAACGUUGUACGGGAAACACAGCGAGAAGAUUACAGUCUAUCUACAAUUUCGCCACAAUGAUGUCUUGCGGAUUAAGGUACGGCCAGUUUCUUCUUGAAGAAAUUGGAAAAAAAGUUGAGGGUCAGAAUUAUGGCGUCAACUGAUUACAGACGCGAGUGAAGCAGCGUUUACACUAUCAAAGUUUCUGUGAUCACAGUAGGAAUCUUGCAUCAGUAAAUUCUAAGUUUUGAAGGAUUUGCAAGAAAUGUUUCAGGAACUAACUUAGCGUUAAACAUUAAAUCAGUUCCCUCAAACAUUUCUUACAAAUCCUUCAAAACUUUGCCGAUUUUACCGAUGCAAAAUUCCUACUGUGAUCACAGAAACUUUGAUGGUGUAAACCCUAGCUUUAACAAUAUAUUUUCAACUGCAACCCACCAGUCCCUCUAAUAAGCAAAUAUGUACUAGCAAUUAUAUCUUGUGUAGAUAUUUGACAGCGAAAACGACCGUUACGAAGUACCGCUCAAUCUUACCUCAGUAUAUGAAGGACGUGAACCAAUGUAUAAUACAGAGGUGGUGAAAUUUCCAUUUUCUUUGAAGAUAUCAAGAAAAUCUGACGGUCAAGUUCUGUGAGUUUUGCAUUGGUUUACCGUAGCUUAAGUCUCCUACUGAGGCUCGUGAACAGAGCGUCUUAAAACACUCUAUUUUUCAGAUGGGACACCUCAGUGGCACCUCUUGUGUUCAGUGAUCAGUAUCUACAGAUCUCAACAAAACUACCUUCGACCUUUCUCUAUGGCUUUGGAGAAGAUGAACAUGAGAAUUUUGUCAGAUCAAUGAACUGGAGUACAUUGGGAAUGUUUACACGUGACCAGUUUCCAUUUGUGAGUAACGAGACUUUUAAUAAGAGCGCAUUGUCUCUGGUCGUUAUAAUAGGUCGAUUAUAG